CCCCCUCGUAGUCCCCACCUAUCCCUGGUACGUUUCUACAUAGUCCACAUUCUAGGUACGUCCCCCUCACAAUACCCAUCCCCAGGUACGUUCCCACAUUAGAGGUGAUGUACCUGGGAUGACGACUGACAUUCAGUUUACUCACAAAAGACAAACCAAAAGCUCUAGAUAGGUUCGGAAUAAAAGACGCGGUCAGAGAUUUUGUGUAUAAAGUUACAGUAAACAGCAAAGAUGUUGCAAUAAUACUGUCAGCUGAUGUGAAGUUUACCGAGCCACAACCGAGCGAGCAUGGCAUCAGGAAGAACGAGUGUAACACAUACUCUGAUUUUUUUUUUGAGAUAUAUACAAGAGUUGUUACAUUCUAUGAUGACUCAGCGUAUAGGUUCGAACCCUCAUCAACGCUCCUAUGUGGAUUUGUUCAUCGAUAUAUCACUUUAAUGUGUUUCUCUCUGUAUACUAUGACAUGCCUUGAAAAAUCACACUUUUGAUUAAAUGCCUCAAAGUCUGUGUGUGUAUCCAAUGAAGUGGUAUGCACAUUGCUUCGAUUUCGCUUCUUGCAAUGUCAGCAUUCGAUCCUACAUAUUCCAAAUGAUUGAAGCAACAUGGGGAGUAGAAAUAGCCUAAGCUACUCUAUCCCUUUAAGAUGUACUUUUUUCUUGUCUCAAUAAACAUACUUGAACUUGAAGCAACGUUCCUUCUCUCUAUCCUAGUAUCCCGGCGUCUUAUUCUCUUAUCUUUCCCCAAAUGAUAUAUUCAUAUAAUCAAAAUGAUCAAGCAGUUUUUCCAAUUACUAGGCUUCAAACACUGGCGAUCUCUGUACUAGGCUUCAAACACUGGCGAUCUCUGUACUAGGCUUCAAACACUGGCGAUCUCUGUACUAGGCUUCAAACACUGGCGAUCUCUGUACUAGGCUUCAAACACUGGCGAUCUCUGUACUAGGCUUCAAACACUGGCGAUCUCUGUACUAGGCUUCAAACACUGGCGAUCUCUGUACUAGGCUUCAAACACUGGCGAUCUCUGUACUAGGCUUCAAACACUGGCGAUCUCUGUACUAGGCUUCAAACACUGGCGAUCUCUGUACUAGGCUUCAAACACUGGCGAUCUCUGUACUAGGCUUCAAACACUGGCGAUCUCUGUACUAGGCUUCAAACACUGGCGAUCUCUGUACUAGGCUUCAAACACUGGCGAUCUCUGUACUAGGCUUCAAACACUGGCGAUCUCUGUACUAGGCUUCAAACACUGGCGAUCUCUGUACUAGGCUUCAAACACUGGCGAUCUCUGUACUAGGCUUCAAACACUGGCGAUCUCUGUACUAGGCUUCAAACACUGGCGAUCUCUGUACUAGGCUUCAAACACUGGCGAUCUCUGUACUAGGCUUCAAACACUGGCGAUCUCUGUACUAGGCUUCAAACACUGGCGAUCUCUGUACUAGGCUUCAAACACUGGCGAUCUCUGUACUAGGCUUCAAACACUGGCGAUCUCUGUACUAGGCUUCAAACACUGGCGAUCUCUGUACUAGGCUUCAAACACUGGCGAUCUCUGUACUAGGCUUCAAACACUGGCGAUCUCUGUACUAGGCUUCAAACACUGGCGAUCUCUGUACUAGGCUUCAAACACUGGCGAUCUCUGUACUAGGCUUCAAACACUGGCGAUCUCUGUACUAGGCUUCAAACACUGGCGAUCUCUGUACUAGGCUUCAAACACUGGCGAUCUCUGUACUAGGCUUCAAACACUGGCGAUCUCUGUACUAGGCUUCAAACACUGGCGAUCUCUGUACUAGGCUUCAAACACUGGCGAUCUCUGUACUAGGCUUCAAACACUGGCGAUCUCUGUACUAGGCUUCAAACACUGGCGAUCUCUGUACUAGGCUUCAAACACUGGCGAUCUCUGUACUAGGCUUCAAACACUGGCGAUCUCUGUACUAGGCUUCAAACACUGGCGAUCUCUGUACUAGGCUUCAAACACUGGCGAUCUCUGUACUAGGCUUCAAACACUGGCGAUCUCUGUACUAGGCUUCAAACACUGGCGAUCUCUGUACUAGGCUUCAAACACUGGCGAUCUCUGUACUAGGCUUCAAACACUGGCGAUCUCUGUACUAGGCUUCAAACACUGGCGAUCUCUGUACUAGGCUUCAAACACUGGCGAUCUCUGUACUAGGCUUCAAACACUGGCGAUCUCUGUACUAGGCUUCAAACACUGGCGAUCUCUGUACUAGGCUUCAAACACUGGCGAUCUCUGUACUAGGCUUCAAACACUGGCGAUCUCUGUACUAGGCUUCAAACACUGGCGAUCUCUGUACUAGGCUUCAAACACUGGCGAUCUCUGUACUAGGCUUCAAACACUGGCGAUCUCUGUACUAGGCUUCAAACACUGGCGAUCUCUGUACUAGGCUUCAAACACUGGCGAUCUCUGUACUAGGCUUCAAACACUGGCGAUCUCUGUACUAGGCUUCAAACACUGGCGAUCUCUGUACUAGGCUUCAAACACUGGCGAUCUCUGUACUAGGCUUCAAACACUGGCGAUCUCUGUACUAGGCUUCAAACACUGGCGAUCUCUGUACUAGGCUUCAAACACUGGCGAUCUCUGUACUAGGCUUCAAACACUGGCGAUCUCUGUACUAGGCUUCAAACACUGGCGAUCUCUGUACUAGGCUUCAAACACUGGCGAUCUCUGUACUAGGCUUCAAACACUGGCGAUCUCUGUACUAGGCUUCAAACACUGGCGAUCUCUGGCAUUCAACACUGCUAACUCCAUUACCUUUGAGGGCAAGAGAUUUUUAAGCGUGAAAGCAUAAAAGCAUUAAUGCCCCUUUUUCAUAGAUGAAGCAAAACUGACAUUCGUAAUCUCUGAAAGGAGAACUGGAGACACGUCACGCAAUAUCUUUUUGGCAAAACAGUUGAAGUUGUCCCUUAUUUGCGCGUAGCAAAUUAAGAGGUUCCUUUAAAUACGCUUAGUGAAUACUUUUUGAGCAUCAGAGAUCCAUUACUCUUCAUCCGUCUCCUGGCAUAUAUCAUAAAUAUUAUUCGAACGAAGACCGAUGGCCGCAAGAGAUAUAUAGACAAGUUUUGCAGGGAGUGCAUGAGACCAUUUGGUCAUCAUUUGGUCCGGGAGACAUCUCCCGUCACGCAGGGUGCAGUCGCACCUCCACAGAGCUCCAGUAUCAGCUCUUGAUACUGGUAAUGGCUCAAAAGGGCCACCACUUACGGGCUAUUCAUGCCCGUGUCACCUUUUGGGUGGCUUAAUCUUCAUCAAUCAUCAAUCGGAGUGCAUGAUCUAGUGGGCUGUGAUAACGAUGGGGGAGACCAACUUGGCACGAGCAGCAAGUGUGGGGAAGAAAAUAAAAAAGCUGCAAUCCUACGGCAGGUCAAUAAUUUAUUUAUUUAUUUAUUUAUAUAUAUACAAGAAGAUACAUUGGGUUUGUGAGAAUACAUUGGAUAGUACAGUAAUUACAUUCUUGUAAAGCCACUAGUACGCGCAGCGUUUCGGGCAGGUCAAAAUUGAUGUCCUCCCCCACUGCCACUCCUACACCAAGUACUUCCUCCCCCACUGCCACUCCUACACCAAGUACUUCCUCCCCCACGGCCACUCCUACACCAAGUACUUCCUCCCCCACUGCCACUCCUACACCAAGUACUUCCUCCCCCACUGCCACUCCUACACCAAGUACUUCCUCCCCCACUGCCACUCCUACACCAAGUACUUCCUCCCCCACUGCCACUCCUACACCAAGUACUUCCUCACCCACUGCCACUCCUACACCAAGUACUUCCUCCCCCACUGCCACUCCUACACCAAGUACUUCCUCCCCCACUGCCACUCCUACACCAAGUACUUCCUCCCCCACUGCCACUCCUACACCAAGUACUUCCUCCCCCACUGCCACUCCUACACCAAGUACUUCCUCCCCCACUGCCACUCCUACACCAAGUACUUCCUCCCCCACUGCCACUCCUACACCAAGUACUUCCUCCCCCACUGCCACUCCUACACCAAGUACUUCCUCCCCCACUGCCACUCCUACACCAAGUACUUCCUCCCCCACUGCCACUCCUACACCAAGUACUUCCUCCCCCACUGCCACUCCUACACCAAGUACUUCCUCCCCCACUGCCACUCCUACACCAAGUACUUCCUCCCCCACUGCCACUCCUACACCAAGUACUUCCUCCCCCACUGCCACUCCUACACCAAGUACUUCCUCCCCCACUGCCACUCCUACACCAAGUACUUCCUCCCCCACUGCCACUCCUACACCAAGUACUUCCUCACCCACUGCCACUCCUACACCAAGUACUUCCUCCCCCACUGCCACUCCUACACCAAGUACUUCCUCACCCACUGCCACUCCUACACCAAGUACUUCCUCCCCCACUGCCACUCCUACACCAAGUACUUCCUCCCCCACUGCCACUCCUACACCAAGUACUUCCUCCCCCACUGCCACUCCUACACCAAGUACUUCCUCCCCCACUGCCACUCCUACACCAAGUACUUCCUCACCCACUGCCACUCCUACACCAAGUACUUCCUCCCCCACUGCCACUCCUACACCAAGUACUUCCUCCCCCACUGCCACUCCUACACCAAGUACUUCCUCCCCCACUGCCACUCCUACACCAAGUACUUCCUCCCCCACUGCCACUCCUACACCAAGUACUUCCUCCCCCACUGCCACUCCUACACCAAGUACUUCCUCCCCCACUGCCACUCCUACACCAAGUACUUCCUCCCCCACUGCCACUCCUACACCAAGUACUUCCUCCCCCACUGCCACUCCUACACCAAGUACUUCCUCCCCCACUGCCACUCCUACACCAAGUACUUCCUCCCCCACUGCCACUCCUACACCAAGUACUAUCCGACACGCCUACCACCGCAGAAAUGUGCCCCCCCACACCAGAUACAUUCUAUGCUAUCAUGAUCACACCAGGAACGUCCCGACAACUGUCCUUAACUCGGUAUAUGGUCUCCAACCAUUGUCCCCUACCAUUACCCAUCCCCACCCUUGUUAGGUCCCCACAGCACCGAUCUCUACCUUGUUAGAGAUCGGUGCUGUGGGGCCCUAACACGGUGGAGAUCGGUGCUGUGGGGCCCUAACACGGUGGAGAUCGGUGCUGUGGGGCCCUAACACGGUGGAGAUCGGUGCUGUGGGGCCCUAACAUGGUGGAGAUCGGUGCUGUGGGGCCCUAACACGGUGGAGAUCGGUGCUGUGGGGCCCUAACACGGUGGAGAUCGGUGCUGUGGGGCCCUAACACGGUGGAGAUCGGUGCUGUGGGGCCCUAACACGGUGGAGAUCGGUGCUGUGGG